AUGCUCCACACACAUUAUUUCGACCGCUCUAGCAUCAUCAUAUCCCUUCCUUUCAACAUUCACAAGUCUCCCGGCUCUAUACACCUCUGCGAUGCAUUAGAUGCCCUCACACUUCCAGAUAGCCGCCACCUGGGCCUUGAUCCCACUAUUCACAUGUGUCAUGCUGGGUGCAAUGGCACCCAUGUCAAUCUUGCAGAUGGGGUGAUAGGCUGGGUGAAAGACAACAAGAGCAAUGUCUAUUUGAUCAUGGCUGUGCUGUGGAAGAGCCAUGGAUUUUUCUGCAGGGGAACAGUCUGUUAUUGUGUUAGAAACAAGGAAGGAAAGGAGUAUGCUCUGAAAGAUUGUUGGGUGGAAGAGUCGAAAAAAAUGCAUGAACCAACUGUCAAGGAUAUUCCAAAUGUUGUCAACCUCAUCGACAAUGGGGAUGUUUAUUAUGAGGGGCAGCCUGAUUGCACGGCGCGUAUUCGCGAGAAAUAUGGCCAGGAUCAACGAGACGACACUGCAUUCUGCAAUAGAUUUCACCGGCAUUUUCUCUUGAGCCCUUGUGGGGAACCAUUCUCUCAAUUCAGCUCUAGAACGGAGCUGAUCAUGGCUUUUCGUCACUUUGUAAUUGCUCACCAAGCAAUGAUUGAACUGAUGAGUCCUACAUGGGGACCUCAGUCCUAA